AUGUUCAAAGGCCACAAAGUAUUUAAAAUGAUAUUUUUUAAAGAAGUCACAGUUCCUGCUGUGAAGGAAACAUCCAUCAAAGCUACUCACAAGUUCUUCCACGCAGUCGCGAUCUCCCGCUGCGCACUUGGAACGGCUGGGAAAGCUUCGGGUGCAGCAGCUGGGGCCGCUCCGCUCGUUCCCCUCCCCGCACUCGCCCGAUCAUGUGAUGGUGCUGCCGAGCGAUUAAAGCCGCGGGCGCCGCGGCUGAGUCACUGCGGCUGGAGCUGCGGGCGCCCGGAGCGGGCUGGUGUCUGCAGCAUGCAGCGAGGACUGGUGGUUAGUCAGCUGGACAUCCAGCCUGGUGAGUGCAUCAAGGUCAAAGGGAAGAUCCUGCCUGAUGCUAAAGGGUUUUCUGUGAAUGUAGGGAAGGACAGUGGGACCCUCCUGCUGCAUUUCAACCCACGCUUUGACUGUCAUGGGGAUGUCAACACCAUCGUUUGCAACUCGAAGGAGGACGGUAUGUGGGGUGAAGAGGAUAGGAAGGCUGAGUUUCCUCUCCAGCAUGGUGACAAGAUUGAGAUUUGCAUCUCCUUCAAUGAAACGGAGGCAACAGUGAAGCUGCCUGAGGCCGAGUUCCAGUUCCCGAAUCGCCUGGGCAUGGAGAAAGUUGAAUACCUGAGUGUGGAGGGUGACUUUAAAGUCAAAGCUAUUAAGUUCAGUUAACACCUAUAGCUUGGUUUGUGGUUUUGUUUUGUUUUGUUUUCUCCCCUCUGCAUAGUGAAAUAAACCCAAACUUGCAAUGGC